AUGGCUCAGUACAACGUUACGCAGGCCGAUCUUCUAGAUCGGACUACUAACGAGGACGACUACGCAGCGCUAGGAGGGCAUUCGGUCGUGGAUAUCACGAGCACUAAAGGUAGUGAAGUAAAAGUUAUCUCCCAAAUUUGGGUUCACAAGGUUGCCUCCGCGAUGACUAUCUUCUUCGACUACCGGAGUUACUCCACCCGUCGUCUGACCUCCGUUGAAUGGACAUUUUAUGGGAUUUCUGCGAAUACGGUCGGCGCAGCAAUGGCCUUCGAAAUAGCCCAUAAUCUGACGCUUGAAUGGGCUAGAGGCAAAACUGGCAAAAACGCAAAACAUAGCUAUUGCCUAGGCGUUAGUAGAGGCCUGCUGAAGAUUGCUCGAAAGGAGAAGAGUGAGGAGGCGAAACUUUCGGAAGGGGCGGGAGGACGAGCUAGGGUCUCACCAUACCUUGAGAACGACGACAAGCCGGCAAUCAAGCUAGAUGAUAGUGACAGUAACUCCUUUAAUACGGCAAGAGAACAGGGAAACAUUACUGACGAUGGCGACAUCCAAGAACAAGCAAGUGUCAGUGACGAGGAUGAAGCUAAGGCUAAAGUAACUUUUAAGGAGUAG